CACGUCUUGCAAAGGAAUCAGUCCACUUGUGCGCCUUCCGACUCGACAUUACGCCGCUCCCCUCCGCCCGGCGGAUAAUCCUACUCAUUGCUGCGGAGACAGUUGCUGUUCUCGCAAUCGAUAAGGCCGAUCUCCCCGAAAACGCGGAGUACGGAUCCGUAACACUGCGUGGAAGCGUAAGCCUAGUUAGAGUAUUUAAUAGACCAGCGCGGGCCCUCGAUUCACCAUGCCACUUCCAACCCCCACUGUCUCCUCCAACGGCCACUCACAGUCUCUCAAUAAUAACACCUCUUCUCCUCCCCGCUCCAGACUCCAGCAGAUAACCUCCCACAUGGCGCCCAUCAAGCUCAGCGCCUUCCAGGCCGAUGUCGUGCCCAAGGCACCCGAAGACCCUCUGUUCGGCCUCAUGGCCGCCUACCGGGCGGACACUGAUCCGCACAAGGUCGAUCUGGGCAUCGGAGCCUAUCGCGACAACAACGCGAAGCCCUGGGUUCUGCCCGUAGUCAAGAAGGCCGAGGAGAUUCUGCGCAACGACCCCGAGAUCAACCACGAAUACCUGCCCAUCCAGGGCCUGCAGAACUUCACAAGCGCAUCGCAGAAGCUGAUACUAGGCGGCGAUAGCCCCGCCAUCGCGGACAAGCGGGUCACCAGUCUCCAGACGAUCUCGGGCACGGGCGCCGUGCACCUGGGAGCGCUCUUCCUGUCCAAGUUCUACAGACCGAAUGAGGGCAAGACCGUCUACUUCUCCAACCCGACGUGGGUGAACCACCACCAGAUCUUCUCCAACGUCCACGUGCCCUCCAAGACCUACCCCUACUUCUCUUACAAGACCAAUGGCCUCGACUUCGAGGGCAUGCUCGAGGCUAUCGAGUCGGCGCCCGAGGGCAGCAUCAUCCUGCUGCACGCCUGCGCUCACAACCCCACUGGCGUGGACCCGACGCAGGAGCAGUGGAUCCAGAUUGCCGACGUCAUGAAGGCGAAGUCACACUUCCCGUUCUUCGACACCGCGUACCAAGGCUUCGCGUCAGGCGACCUGGCCAAGGACGCGUGGGCAAUCCGGUACUUUGUGGACCAGGGCUUCGAGAUGGUGGUCGCGCAAUCGUACGCCAAGAACUUUGGCCUGUACGGCGAGCGGGCAGGCUGCUUCCACUUCAUCACGAACCCGGCGCCCGACGCGACUGAGACCAUCGACCGCAUCGAUUCUCAGCUCAAGAUCCUGCAGCGCUCCGAGAUCUCGAACCCGCCGGCAUACGGCGCGCGCAUUGCCGCGGUGGUGCUGAACGACCCUGACCUCUUCGCUCAGUGGGAAGACAACCUGCGCGAGAUGAGCGGGCGUAUCAUGAAGAUGCGUAGGGCGCUGCGCUCUAAGCUCGAGGAGAUGGGCACCCCUGGCACUUGGAACCACAUCACGGAUCAGAUCGGCAUGUUCUCCUUCACGGGCUUGUCCGAGAAGCAGGUCCUCAAGAUCCGCUCCGACGCCCAUGUCUACAUGACCAAGAACGGCCGUAUCUCCAUGGCUGGUCUGAACACAAAUAACAUAGAUUACUUCGCCCAGGCGGUGGACAAGGUCGUCCGGGACACGCAGUAGAUGCGGGGUUGUGGAAGGGCAUGAACGAUAUCACAAAAAAUUUGAAUGAUUCGGAACGGCCGGUUGUUAUUGACAUUUUGCUUCCUCAUGAGACCCGAAACCAUAUGGAGCCAAUGCUCCACGCAUCUUGACGUCCCGCUUGCGGGAUAUCUAGUUGGUGCCUGGAAAGGUAGCAUUAGAUAGGGUUUUUUCGUUACGAGCUGCAGACUCGUUCACAAUUAAACUUUGCCUAGCUUCAAUGGUGCUGUUCUUGGAAUAAUGCU